AUGACACUCAACAGUCGAAGCACCAGCGGGAGGCCUAGGGGUGUCGAGCUGUGGGCGGAGGACGAGAGCGUCUUCCGCCAGCAGCUGGAGUAUCUGGACCUGUCGGCUGCCUGUGCUGCUUCGGGGCCAUCGCGGUCGACCAUUGCCGUGGCUUUCAGCACCGACGGAAAGCUGUUCGCGUCGACACACGGCGACCACACGGUGAAGAUUACGGACUUUUUUCGGGGGAGGGUGGUUCAGUCCCUGCAAGGGCACCCCAGGACUCCUUGGACGGUCAAGUUCCACCCCAAGGACGCCAGGAUCGUGGCCUCCGGUUGCAUCGGAUCCGAGGUGAGGGUGUGGAAUGCCUCGACGGGACGCUGCCUGCACAGCGUGACCCUAGAGGCUGCCAUCAUUUCCUUGAGUUUUCACCCUUCCGGCAAGAUGCUCGCCAUAGCCAGCAGCCUCUACGUCUACCUGUGGGACUACAGCAGCAAGGCGCGCCCGUUCAUCGCGUGGGCCCACUCGCACACUCUGCGCUGCGUGCGUUUUACUCCUGGCGGGGACGGCAUCAUCGUCGGUGCCGCUAACAGCAGCUCAAGCUCCAGCACCCCGUCUUCUCAACAACGACAGGAGGGGCCACGGUGCGCAGCGGUGCAACCUCGAACAACCAAGACGUCGCGGUACGCUAGGUGUGAUGGGGGCUUUAUUUCAAGCGGAACCUCUCCAAAGCCCUUGCCGCUGUCGAGGGACUUCGGAAGGUUGUGCUCUUGGUUGACUAUACCACAUGUGCGUAAAAGCAGAGCACAGCAGUGGCGGCCUCGACCACACUUCUUUUUUUUGUUCUUGUGGAGACCAACCUCCCGAGGGCGAUAUGGAAUCGAUGUCUGGCGUGCACUUUCGCUCUCAUGCGGACCACGCAACAGAUCUCCGCGAGGCUUGCCUCACUCCGCACACUCGCCCGACCAACCCGACCGGCGUCUGGACCAGGACGACUCGUCUGCUGCCGCGGGAGGAGGAACGCGGGGUGGAGCAGCAGCUACAGCUACAGCUACAGCAGCAGCAGCAGCAGCAGCAGCAGCAGCAGCAGCAGCAGCAGAAAUUCCACCAUCAUCCCGGCCCGCCGAGGUGUCUUUCCUGCUGCAGGUCUGGGACUUCAGUCUCGAGGCAGCUUUGGCAGAGGAUGUCUCCACGGCGAUGACCAGGGAACGCGUACUCCUGAGCCGAGCCCUGCUGUACAACGACGGGGGGUUCGAUGUGUCCGAGGACGGCCUCUGGCUGUGCACGAUCGCCGAGCUGGGGGAGAGGGUUGUCGCGAGCGACCGCCGAUCUCUCCCUGCCGGUCCGAGCCUGGCUUCGGAGCAGUCGAUCCCUUCGAUGGCAUCGCCCACGGCGGCCGCCGCGGCGGCGUCACCGAUUUUGACUUUGACGGAGGUGGAGGAGGAAGCGGGGCGUGAAGGGGAGGCCGAGGAGAAAGGUUCGGCGGCGGCGGCGCGGGGGGGGGAGCGUAAGGGACGAGCAACGACGGAGCCUCCGGGCGGUGCGCCAGGAAGUAAGAAGGGCAGCGGCAGUAGCGAUGGGGUUAUCGCACCCAAGAACGGGUCGAACUUAGGCAAGCCGGGCCACGCGGUGCCUGCGUUGGUAACAACGACGAGCAGGGUCGCCCCCACCGAGAAUUCGAACGGGUCAAUGUCUGCGGUAGCAGCACCGUCGGCCGCAGGAGCAGGGAGUGAUUCUGGCGGAGGUGAGCAGCACACCGCGGACACGGCAGCAGCGAGAGGACGAGGAGAAGGUGCUGGUGAGCAGCACGCCGGGGGAGAGUGGGGAUCCGUGCUAGCGCCGUGGCCUAGUCGAGCGCGCACAAUGCCGUAUUUCAGUGCCACUCUCGCGGCGGCAGCAGCAGCGGCAGCGGCGGCGGCGGUGGGGGCACAAGAUGUGAGAAUGGGAGGGGUUCGGAACAAUGCCGACGACUGUGGGGUUGGAUCAACGGUGGCGGAGGAGGAGGCGGCUGCGUCGGCGCGGCCGGAAAACGGGGGUAACAACGAACCGCCGCCGUUCACGCCGCCCCCGUUCACACCGUCCCCGCCAAUCACUCUCAAGCGGCGCUUGAGCGGGUCUUGGCUGAGUGCGUCGGGCGGUGGCAGGAGAAGCGCGGGGGGCAGCGGCGGGUUCUGGGGCCGAGACCUCCGGCGAGGGUUUUCGCCGCGAAUAGGAAGCGCCGAGGGGACAAGGGGAGAAGGAGCAACGCAACGAGAGGGAGAUCGUCCGCCGCCCUUGCCGCCGCCGAUGCCGCCGAUGAUGCUCGGUGUCUCCCGUCGCGGCGGCUUGUUGGCAUCGUCACCCCCGUCCUUUUCGACCCCUUCGCCGUCCUCGCUCUCGAUGGUCGCGUCGCGUCACGCGCGGCCACCGCCGCCGGCUGCCGUGGCUCCGUCGAAGUCGUCGUCGUCUUCGUCUCCUUCCUUGCCGACGGGGGGGAUGAGAGUGUCGCUGCCGCUGCUGCUGCCGCCCCCGCGGCGGCCGUCGUCGUCGGACAGGCACGGCGCCGGCGGCGCUAGCUCGGCCGGAGACGUGGGGGCAACAACGGGAGGCACGUGCCGGCAAGGAGAGCGACAUCAUCGUCAUCAUGAACAGCAAGAAGGCGGGGGGGCGGCGCAGCCGCUGUUUUUUCUCCAGGUUCCCGGGGGGGGCACGACAGCGGCGGGGGCAAUCGUGACCGAUUUAGGACGUAGGGAAGGCGGAGGGUGGAGCACGGAGUAUUUACGUGGUGGCGGCGGCGGUGGUGGCGACGCAGUGGGUGCUCCGCUGGCGGCACCUCACGGGAGGGGAGGGGGAGGGGCCGGACAUAGAUGUGUCGCCGAAGAAACACAGGGCAGGGGUGGCGAUGGUAGCGAGGAGGAGCGGCAUCACGGCGAUGGUGGCGACAGCGUCAGAGUAGAGGGGGCGGCGGCGGGGUGGAGACGGGAUACCCCGAACAACAACAACAGCAACAACAGCAGCAGCAGUGGCGGGAUUCAUUCUUCUUUCGGUCGUAGGCGUUGUCGCGCGUCCCCGUCGCUGGCGGUGGAGUCGCAGCCUCACCGGAAGCUCGUGCCGCACCUCGUGAUGGUGUCGCUCAACGUGGAGGGAGGAAGAGGAGGAGGAGGAGGAGCGGGGAGGGGAAGCGCAGCCCGGGUGGUGCGCGCGGAGCCGAUGGACACCCUCAACGCCAAGCAGGUCACGUCGGUGAAACUGUCGCCGUCUGCGCGGUACAUCCUACUCGGCGUGGGGGUGCGCGGCGGCGGUCCAGGGGGCGGCGGCGGUGGCGGUGGGAGGGCUACCCCACGACCGAGACAACAACAGCAAGAACGACAGGCGGCCGCUGUUCCUGACCGGCGAGGCAAUGCGCCGGGCGCCCCUGCCAUCCCUCUCCCGUCGCAACGCCCUCUAUCUUCCAUCUACCGCUCCGUCGACCUCCAACCAGUGAACUCGAUGCCAAUGCCCACGGGCGAAGAGGACGUGAACAUCGCCUGCUUUCACCCGGAGCCGGGGAUGGGGUGCGUGUACGGCACCAAACAAGGGAGGGUCGGCCUCGUCAGGAUGUCGGCCGAUUGACCUCGAGCGGGCGGCGAUAUCGGCGGAUUGAUUUCGAUCCGUGCCAUUUUUACCUAGGGGAGCAAGCGAACGACGGAAGAGGAAGAUUGUGGGUCACAGGCGCUGUCCGCCAAUCUGAGCGCGUGAUGUUCACACGUUGCAAUUAUGUUUGUUAAGCUUUCCGAUUGGUUUUCUAUUUUUCGUCGAAAAAGCGGCCCCCGGCAAAAACACGACGCAUGCUCGACGUGUUCCUCACGUGUGUUUGUGCAGGCUUGUUGGUAUCAGACGUAUUAUUACAUCGACUUAUAGAGGGCCCCUCUAAGGGGCAACGGUGAGCACUGGUAACAUAGCUGCCUUUCGACAGCUGCUGCGUUGCUUUGAGGUUGUUGUAUUGCUCGACUUUUUUUUUUCUUCUCUUGCUCCUUCCCCGCCGCCCGCACGGGAAGAACCCUGUGCGAUACAUGCAAGUAUUUGACGUGCCUUCGGGAUUGACGGCAUUUGUUCUGUUUCGCUCUCCGUUCGUGACGUGGGCUGUUGUUUGGCCGGCGAUGUUUAUCCCUUUGCGUGGGUUUUUGGUGACGUGCCUUUUCUUUUGUGACUCCCUGCGUACGUUGCCCACAGGACGCCAACUAUAUGGGAAACCCAAACGCGCGAGGAUGUGCAAGGGUGCGUUCUGGCCAGCUGUCGUUUUGUUUUGGUUCCUUUUUUCUGAGUCGGCCAGUGGCCGCGGAGAAUCUCGUGUUUGCCUCAAGUAGUACUAGAGGUGCACGAUAGAGAGCAGGGCCGCUUUCCUUGUGAAGAGUAACGUCAGCACCGACGAGAAAUGAAUUGUCGAGGUUGAGACGAAACGUGUCGAAAACGGUACGGGACCGAUGUUCGUUGCCGAAGUGCUGUCCGCAUUCAUACCAAAGGCUAGAACCCAUCUUGUGGUUGUCUGUUGAUACGUCGGAAGACGUGUACCCGGUACAGUGUUUAUUAGGCACACCGUUCUCUCCGGUCUUUUCUGAUUUUUCAUGAAUUCCAUACUGCUGCUGACUGGUCUUUCCAGCGAUUUGACAUCUGUUGCUACAAAUAUACUGAAAAUCUUGGGAUCGAAUCCCAGGCUCAACACAUUUGAAGUCGGUUUUCCAAGGUUUUCUUCCGUAAACCCUGGGUACU